CGAUCACGUGAUUUGAGACCCGCAGACGCCGAGGUGUGGGUUCCUGUUUUCGCAGCUGGAGGGGGUCCAGCGUGUCCAACCCAGCACAAUCAUGCUGUCCCGCCUGCUGAAAGAGCACCAGGCCAAGCAGAAUGAACGCAAAGAGCUGCAAGAGAAAAGGAGGAGAGAGGCUAUCACUGCUGCAACCUGCCUGACAGAAGCUUUAGUGGAUCACCUCAAUGUGGGUGUGGCCCAGGCCUACAUGAACCAGAGGAAGCUGGACCAUGAGGUGAAGACCUUACAGGUCCAGGCAGCCCAGUUUGCUAAACAGACUGGCCAGUGGAUCGGAAUGGUGGAAAACUUCAAUCAGGCACUUAAGGAAAUCGGGGAUGUGGAGAACUGGGCUCGCAGCAUCGAGCUGGACAUGCGCACCAUUGCCACCGCACUGGAAUAUGUCUACAAAGGGCAACUGCAGUCUGCCCCCUCCUAGCCCCUCUUCCCUUCCUCUUACCCUACCCCUCCUUCCUCACCACCAGAACAAGAGGGAGGCUGACAGGGCCAUGAAUAAAACACAAGUCUCCAUUUCU